AUGGCAUACCAAUCGCAGCAAGCCAGCCCCUCACCCCUACAUAUAGAUGCCCCAAAAUCCUUCCAAUCAGAUAAUAUGACCACUAGCAACGAAACAAUUCCAACAAAUCAGAACACCAACAACAACCAUGCCGUAAAGCAACGGCCUCCGCACCCUCGACUAGGAAGACGGCUUCAACGACGGAAAUGUGCAGUGGGGUCAUCCGCAACUGAACCAGCCUGGCUACUUAGCCAGCCGCACGGCUCGGCAUCUCCACGGUAUAACAGACAACUACCACGAUGUUCGCAAUGUGCCCUUAUCUGUAGGAGUGGACAAUCCCCUAGGCGUACGAAUACAUAUAAGACACGGCGCGCUUCACAGAAGAGCCCAUGGAAAGCACAGCGUAUCUCGCCAGUUAUUCAACACGUAGAACCCAGCCUGUACGCCUCACAGUCCCUCUCUAUCACCCAGUCACAAAUUAUGCCGCGCCGCUCCACCCGCCUCAUCCACGACUGGGACGACGGCUUCAACAACGGCUACCCCGAAUGGACACCAUUGUACCCCGACUGGACACCCAUAAUCAACAGAAACUACGGCUAUGUGCGCGAUGUUCCUCCCUUAAGGCGACCGGGACGACCGGGACGUCGCUGUGGGGCUCAUGGUGAUGCGAUCAGUAUGGAGCCUAGUGCCGGGCAGGGGGCGAGGCGGGCGGGGGAGUGGAGCUCGAGGGCGCCGAGGUGGUUGGGGGAGGCUUGGGGGAGGCGAUAG